UUCAUGGGGCAACAGAGGGUGCCAUGGGGCAACUGGGCACCCAAGAGGGCAGCCCAUGGGGCAUCAGAACAGUUCAUGGGGCAACAGGACGCUCUGUGGGCAGGACAACAGGCUGGCCGAGGGGGCAACAGGGCACCCAUGUGGGCAACAGGGCACCUGAGGGGGCAACUGGGCACCCCAUGGGGCAACGGGGCACCCCGUGGUCAUUAGAAAGUUCAAGGGGCAACAGGGCAUCCCAUGGGGCAAGAAGAUGCCCUGUGGGGCAACAAGGUGCCUGGGAGGGCAACAGGGCACCCAAGUGGGCAACAGGGCAAUCAAGGGGACCCUAAAUCACUCCGUGGGGCAGUAGAACAUUCAUUGGGCAACCGGGCACCCAAGUGGGCAACCGGGCACCCAAGUGGGCAACAGGGCAAUCAAGGGGACCCUAAAUCACUCCGUGGGGCAGUAGAACAUUCAUUGGGCAACCGGGCACCCAAGUGGGCAACCGGGCACCCCAUGGGGCAGUAGAACAGUUCACGGGGCAUCAGGGUGCCCAAGGGCCAACAGGGCACCCAAGGGCACCCUAGAGCGCCCCGUGGGUCAGUAGACUGUUCAUGGGGCAACGAGGCACCCCAUGGGGUAACAGGGUGCCCAAAGGGGCAACCGGGUGCCCAAAAGGGCAAGUGGCCGCCCCUGCUCCGUGUGACAGCCGUGUCCCCGCAGGCUCGUGGCGGGGAGGAUGGCGGCGGAGGGGGGCCGGGUGCAGAUCUCCUUCCCCCAGCACGCGGCGGCGCUGCUGGACUCCCUCAACCGCCUGCGGCUGGAGGGGAAGUUCUGCGACGUGGCCGUCCACGUGGGCGGCCGCAUCUUCCCGGCCCACAAGAGCGUCCUGGCCGCCGCGUCCCCCUUCUUCCACGACAAGCUGCUGCUGCAGGAUGGGGGGCGCCUGCUGCUGCCCCCCGCCAUCGACCCCGACGCCUUCGAGGGGCUCCUGCACCUCAUCUACUCCGGGCGGUUGACGUUGCUGUUGGAGGCCCUGCCCGGUCAUCUCUUGGUGGCCAGCGGUCUCCAGAUGUGGCACGUGGUGGACCAGUGCUCGGAGAUCCUGAGGGAGCUGGAGGGGGCCUGCCGGUGGGCUGGGCGGGGCAACGAGCCCCUGCGUGGUGGCGAUGGCUCUUCAUGGGCCACCUGCGGCGGUGACGCGGCAACGCCAUCUUUCACCAAGGAGGGGGGCGAGGAGGUCCUCAAAAUCCGCGUGGCCACUGAUGUGGCGCCAGCAGCCACGUCGUCCCUGAGCUCCCUCCUGAAGGACACGGGCGAGGAGGUCCUCAAGAUCUGUGUGGAGGAGGACGAGGAGGAAGAAGAAGAGGAGGAGGAAGAGGGCGGCCACCGCCGCCGCCACCGCCCCACCGACGCCCUCCAGAUCGUGCUGGAGGAGGAUGAGGAGGAAGACGGGGCCCCCGGAGACGCCCACGAGCCCCCCAAGAUCUUCUACAUCAAGCAAGAAGCGGGCGACGGCGCCGCCGUUGAGGGCCUCCUGCCGGCGGCGGAGUUGGCCGGGGGCUUCGCCCCGGCGGAGGUGAGCUACGUCAUCCCGGCCGGCGGCGGCGGGACGAUGGUGACAACGGGCGGCACGCUGGUGACAGGCGGGGGGGCGGCCGUCUUCCCGCAGCCGUCUUGGAAACCGGUGGACCUUCACGGGAACGAGAUCCUGGGCCGGGGCCAAGCGCUUCACGCCCCGGUGAAGUUGGGAGCGGCUCCCGACGGCAAACGCUUCGGUUGCCUGUGCGGCAAACGCUUCGCCGUCAAGCCCAAGCGGGACCGGCACAUCAUGCUGACCUUCAGCCUGCGGCCCUUCGCCUGCGCCGCCUGCCACAAGCGCUUCAAGCUGAAGCACCAUCUGACGGAGCACAUGAAGACCCACGACGGGGCCGGCAGGGCCUGCGAGCGCUGCGGCCGCCACUUCCGCCUGCGCAGCGGCCUGGACAAACACCGGCCCCUCUGCCAGGGGGCUCGCUGGGGAGGGGGGUGCUGGGCCUGCGACUGA